AUGGCCAAACGCACCUUUUCCAGCUUUGAAAUAUUCCUGAUUUUCCUCCUCGUGUUGAUGACAGGGAUCACGGUGGCCCUUCUCAGUCUGUUGUUUAUCACCAGUGGGACCAUUGAAAAUCACACAGGCAAGUAUCGUUCUCCAUCCACCCAGGGCCCUCCAGCUACCCAGGGCCCUGGAGCCCCUCAAAACUCAACACCCCCCUGGGGCCCCACAACUACCCAGGCAUCUCCAACACCCAGCACCCCAGAGCCUACCCUCUUUCAGAACUUCAGUGGCUACCAUAUUGGUGUUGGGCGAGCUGACUGCACAGGACAAGUAUCAGAUAUCAAUUUGAUGGGCUACAGCAAAACUGGCCAGUAUGCACGGGGCAUCCUCACGAGGUUGUACAGUCGUGCGUUCAUCAUGGUGGAGCCGGAUGGGUCCAAUCGCGUAGUGUUCGUCAGCAUCGACAUAGGCAUGGUCUCCCAGCGACUCAGGUUGGAGGUCCUGAGCAGGCUGCAGAAUAAAUACGGCUCCCUGUACAGAAGAGACAACGUUAUUCUAAGUGGCACACAUACACACUCGGGUCCAGCAGGAUAUUUCCAGUACACAACAUUUGUAAUUGCCAGUGAAGGAUUUAGCAAUCGAACUUUUGAGUACAUGGUCACUGGCAUUGUGAAGAGCAUUGAGAUAGCACACACAAAUAUGCAACCAGGCAAAAUCUUUAUCAAUAAAGGGACUGUGGAUGGUGCACAGAUCAACCGAAGUCCUACUUCUUACCUUCGGAAUCCACAGUCAGAGAGAGCAAGGUAUUCUUCAAAUACAGACAAGGAAAUGGUGCUCUUGAAAAUGGUGGAUUUGAAUGGAGAAGAGCUGGGUCUUAUCAGCUGGUUUGCCAUCCACCCAGUCAGCAUGAAAAACACCAAUCAUCUUGUAAAUAGUGACAACGUAGGCUAUGCAUCUUACCUUUUUGAACAAGAGAAGAACAAAGGUUAUCUACCUGGAGAGGGACCGUAUGUAGCAGCUUUUGCUUCAUCAAAUCUCGGAGAUGUUUCCCCCAAUGUUCUUGGCCCACAUUGCACCAACACGGGAGAGUCUUGUGAAAACGCCAAUAGCUCUUGUCCCAUUGGAGGGCCUAGCAUGUGUGUUGCUGUGGGCCCUGGGCAGGAUAUGUUUGAAAGUACACAAAUCAUAGGACGGAUAAUAUAUGACAAAGCAAAGGAACUGUAUGAGUCCGCCUCCCAGGAGGUUACUGGGCCACUGGCUUCAGCUCAUCAGUGGGUGAAUAUGACGGAUGUCACCGUCUGGCUCAAUUCAACACACACAGCAAAAACAUGUAAACCAGCCUUGGGCUACAGCUUUGCAGCUGGCACAAUCGACGGAUUUGGAACCCUCAAUUUUACUCAGGGGAUGAUGGAAGGGGAUUCAUUUUGGGACACUCUUCGGGACCAGGUUCUGGGCAAGCCAUCUGAAGAAAUCAAAGAAUGCCAUAAACCAAAGCCAGUCCUUCUUCAUACUGGAGAGCUGUUAAAACCUCAUCCCUGGCACCCAGAUAUUGUUGAUGUUCAGAUUGUUACUCUUGGGUUCUUGGCUAUCACUGCCAUCCCUGGGGAGUUCACGACCAUGUCUGGACGAAGACUUCGGCAGGCAGUUCAAGAAGAAUUUGAAGCUUAUGGGAUGCUGAAUAUGACUGUUGUUAUUUCAGGUCUAUGUAAUGUAUACACACACUACAUUACCACAUAUGAAGAAUACCAGGCUCAGCGGUAUGAGGCAGCAUCCACAAUUUAUGGACCACAUACUCUGUCUGCCUACAUCCAGCUUUUCAGAGUCCUUGCUAAGGCCAUUGCUACGGAUACUGUAGCCAAUCUGAGCAGUGGUCCAGAGCCUCCAUUUUUUGAAGAACUGAUGUCUCCGUUAAUUCCAAAUAUUGUGGAUAGAGUGCCUGCAGGCACAGCUUUUGGGGAUAUCCUGCUGCCAGCGAAUGCUACAUACAGAGUGGGAGAAGUUGUUGAAGUUACCUUUGUAGGUGCUAACCCGAAGAAUUCAGCAGAAAACCGGACCCAUCAGACCUUCCUCACUGUGGAGAAAUAUGAGGCCACAUCAGCAACAUGGCAGAUAAUGCAUAAUGAUGCCUCCUGGGAGACCCGUUUCUAUUGGCACAAAGGAUUACUGGGUCUUAGCAAUGCAACGAUACAGUGGCACAUUCCAGAUACUGCCCAGCCUGGAACCUACAGAAUAAAAUACUUUGGACACAGUCGGAAGCAGGACUCACUCAAGCCCGCUGAACUACUUUCAUUUGAAAGCUCUCCUUCUGUUUUUGAAGUCAUAACUACUUGGUGA